AUGGGUGGCCUACUCACGUUUAUUUCUCUGAACAUUCCGUUCUUUUAUAUCCCAUCCUACGCGCAACAGAAAGGAAUACCAGCUGAUGGAAUGGCAUUCUACCUUCUCUCUAUUAUUACAACUGGAUCGGUUUUGGGGCGCAUAUUCCCCAACUUGUUUGCAAACCAGGUCGGCCCCUUCAACAUCAUUUUAUUAUGCACCAGUGUAUGCGGAGCUUUGAUGUUUGCUCUGGUGAACCUAUCCAGCCUGGCGGGUAUGGUAGUUGUCACGCUGCUCUAUGGGUUUUUCUCGGGGGCUCUCGUUUCCUUACCGCCGAACUUUUUUGUGCGUCUUUCUCCAGAUCGAAGCUUAAUCGGAACCCGUAUGGGUAUGGGCUAUGCGGUCAUGAUAAUUGGCAACUUGAUAGGUACGCCUGUGGCGGGCACUAUUUUGCAAAGUAGAGGCUUCAACUUAAUGUGGAUAUUUGGGAGAAUCAUGUCGAUUGCCGGCGGUUUGACUAUGCUGGUCAGUCGUAGUAUACAAGGACAGUGGAGCCUAUUUGCGAGGGUCUAG